GCCCGUGUUUGAUGCUGGACCAUGUUCCCCAAUCUGAGUAGAUCAUGGAUACUAGUUCAAUCAAUUAUUCCUGCAGGGCAGGAACGAAACAAGGAACCAUGGAAUGAUCACAGCCGCAAGGCUUGCGUAGGGGUGGUAGAUUCAUCGAUUCAUCAACGUUCUACUAGGAAUGUGCAAGUCCCGGGACGGUCAAUCCUUUUUCGUGUAACACAUGUUGUUCUGAUUUAUGUUUUGGAACGGAGGAACGGCCCUGCUGCGCGUUUCCAUUGUUUCUUGAAGGUAUAAAGGGUCAGUAGUGCAACCCGGUGUAACCGUCAGUUCUAUCUGCUUGCGUGUUUCUGCCAUCUUGGUGGUUUGUGUCUCUUCUCAAGAUUGAAAUAAACUAUCAUGGCACCCUUCAAGGAAUCAGAUGUUCUAUUCUUGCAGAAUACGUAUGGUAGUGCACCCAAGAAUACGAAGGUAACGGUGGACAGAGUAACAAGCGUCGGGAGCAACAAUACUUUUCCUCGCCCCACAGAGAAGACGGCACGAUACCAAGUAAUAUACACAAAGCCUGUACAGGAAAUGGUCGAGGUCAUUGGCCGCGGUUUACCUCACGACUCGAUUGUUGUCGAUGGCGCAAAUGCAUAUACCUUUUGGCCUGAGGGAAGAGAGGGCAGACUGACGAAACCUUUCACUGUGCAGGUGACGAGCGAAGGUCGUUUGCAGAAUCGUGUACUUUCAGUCGGACAAAAGGUUACACUCCUUGCUGGCCGGGAUAGUUCUUCAACUAAGCAGAGUCGUCCCGUGACUUACCGCACUGCUCUGUACAAGUUCAAAGUCUACGUGCCGGUCAUCACCUAUGCGGCAGCUGUACUCAAGGAUCUGAAGCACACGGACAUUGCGAAAGACCCUGCUUAGUAAUAUGCAUACGCCGAAGUGAUUCAGUGGUUUUAUCCUUUGCUUGAGUAUGAUUGUACAACCAAUUUUGUUGCUUUCCGAGACUCCAUAUCUGUCAUGAAUAUAUCAAACCUAUGUCCGACAUUUUGUUUGCUUCUC